UCAAAUUGACAAUUUAAUCAUUGGUUUUUGUUGGCAAAUUUAUUAUUAUUUAUCUUUCAAUGUCUUCACCUCGGUUGCAAUUAAAAUUAUCACUGCUGUUGAAGUGCCCAAUGAGGUGAUUAUGUUCAUGCAUAAUUCAACUUUAUAUCAUACGAUUCAUACGUGUGAAAAACGGUAUACAGUACACAGCAAUUUUUAACCUUAGUUUACCCUUAUAAGCCUUGUUCUAUGGUUUACGUACGGUACGCCUGUGAUAAGUAUUACUAGAAUAAAUUGAUCGUCUGUUCAAAUGGACAUCAAAGAAAUCGUGAUAGAAGCCCCAUGGGGGAAAAUAGCGGUUAAACUAUGGGGAUCUGAGGCUGACAAAGCGAUCCUCACCACACACGGAAUAAUGGACAACGCGGGAAGUUUUGACGAUUUAAUUCCGCUUCUACCAAAAUACUUUUACAUUUGCAUGGACCUGCCUGGUCAUGGCAAAUCCGACCCAUUGCCACCAAUACUUCCCAUCCACUCUGCGGACUAUCUGCUGGCAAUAAAGGUGGUUGUCGAUUACUUCCAAAGGGACAAAUACAUUUAUAUGGGACACAGUUAUGGGGGACAAAUGGGUAUGCUGUUCUCGCGCUUGUAUCCUCAUCUAAUCGAGAAGCUAAUUUUACUGGAUACAUUGCAUUUUGUGACGAAACCAGCUGAUGCUUUUAAAUCCGUAAUGAUAACGGCGAUUGAGGAAACGCUGGAGUUGGACAGAAAGACCAAAACGAGAUUGCCGCCUCAGUAUACUUAUGAGGAAGCAGUCCAGAAAGUUAUGCAAGCCCGACGGAGUCCGAUAUCAGAAAGAGCAGCGAAAAAUCUACUGAAGCGAUCGUUGAAGAAAGUGGGCGAAGAUAAGUUUGAAUUGACUAUAGAUCAACGACUGAAAUUUGUGUUAAGCCCACUGCAUGAUAAUAGAUAUGCAAUUGAAGUAUUAAAAAGCGCUCCAUUGCAAUGUCCAGUCCUUAUUAUUUUAGGUGAGGACAGUAAAAUCUUACGGAGUUUUUUACUACCCGUUUUAGAGCACUUAAAGCGGCAAAAAUGCGUCAAAAUAGUGUACGUGAAAGGAGAUCAUGAUGUGCAUCAAGUGACCCCCGAGAGAGUGGCACCCUUUGUUUGUGAGUUUCUUAAUUACAACAAAAGCAAAUUGUAACAUCGAAAUCAGGAAUAAAAACUUUUAAAUGACA